CUUAACGAUUCUGAUAUUCAUGAAACAUCAUUGUAAGGGGUUGAAGUGCCUUCCUGAAUUGCCAAGUUAAUAAGAAGUAUGGCUUGUGUUGAACAAGAUAGGCUGGGCCAAGCAUUUGAAGAUGCUUUUGACGUACUGAGGCAACAUUCAACUGGAGAUCUUCAGUACCUGCCAGAUUGCAAAGACUAUGUGAAUGUCCUCAACCACUGUUAUGUCACAGGAAGUCCCAGCUGCUAUGGUAUGCUGCCUCCAGAGCAACCUGUCUAUAACUGGAAAACAGUAAUAAAUCGUCCUGUGGAUCUCUGUCUUGAAGGGAAUAUUCAUCAAUCUCUGCAGAACAUCCCUGAAAACCAGAUGGUACAAUUUCCUGUUCUCCAGCAAAAGGGAGGAAAAGGCAGGAAGAAGCUCCGACUGUUCGAAUACCUUCAUGAAUCUCUGUGUAAUCCUGAGAUGGCAUCUUGUAUUCAGUGGCUAGAUAAGACCAAAGGCAUCUUUCAGUUUGUAUCAAAAAACAAAGAAAAACUUGCCCAACUUUGGGGCAAAAGAAAAGGCAACCGGAAGACCAUGACUUACCAGAAAAUGGCCAGAGCACUGAGGAAUUAUGGAAGAACUGGGGAAAUCAUCAAAAUCCGGAGAAAACUAACUUACCAAUUCAAUGAGGCCAUUCUCCAAAGACUCUCUCCAUCUUAUUUCUACUCACAGUAUGUUCAACCUGGUCAAGGAUAUCUAAGUUUAAAUAGCUGGAAUGCAAAUUGUAACUAUACAUAUGCCAAUUGCUGUGAGCGGAGUUACCAUACUUGCUAAAUAUAAUCUUACAUAUUACGAUUUCCUAAUAUCAGAAAUCCCCGAACCCACAAUACAAUGUAUAACUAAUAAAUUAUA